AUGUCUAUUAAUUCUCCAGAACAGCUUAAAGAAUUUCUUACAGUAUAUAAUAUUAUUACAAAUAGGUGUUUUAAUGCAUGUAUUUAUGAUUUAAAUAGUAUAUCACUUAUACCUCCAGAAUCAGAGUGUACAUCUGCAUGUUUUAAAAAACAAAUGGGACUUAAUCAGGAAUUGUUAAUUGCAUUUCAAGAAUCUUUUUCAAAAAAAAUGACUCAACAACUUGAAUCUCAGGAGAAAAUUAUUACUGACACAAAUAAAAAUUAA